UAUGGUUUGGAGUCAAGAUAUAAGGGAUUUGGUAAUCAAGAAAUAUAGUGAAAUAGGCAAAUUAAGGGCAACAGCAAGAGUUUUAGGAAUGGCACCAUCAUCAAUUAGGUACAUACUAAAGUAUAAGAAGCCAGAACAAGAAAAUAGGGGAGGUCCAAAGAAGCUUUCCGACAGAGAGAUUGUGAGGAUGAAAAGAAUUUUAAAGAAAUUUAAAGAUAACAAGCAAAGAAGGGAGCUGAAAAGACAAAAUUUCAAAUAUAAAAGAGUCAGACAAAGAACUGAUCUCACCUCCAAAGACUGUAAACACAGAAAAGCAUACUGCCUCAAAGUUAUUAGCGAAAAUCUAGACUGGUCUAGGGUUAUUUUUACUGAUGAGGCUAGGUUUUCGCUAAGUGGACCUAACAAUUUUAGGACUUGGACCAGUAACAGCGAAAAGGACUUCAGGGUCACAAAAAAUAUGGGGAGAGGUGGAGUAUUGGUGUGGGGGUUGAUAAUCUCUGAUGGCAUAUUUGAAGUCUGGAGGAUAAGGAGCAAGCUGAAUGCUGAAAACUAUAGCUCCUUCAUUGUAGAAGAUGUUCUGCCUGUCAUAGAAGAAAUUGAGGCAAAAAUGGGCAGGCAGUACAUCUUCCAGCAAGACAAUGCUGGCUGUCACACUGCAAGAAAAACAAAAAGGGCCUUUAAAAGCAAUAAUAUCAAGCCCAUAGAUUGGCCAGCAAGGAGCCCUGAUCUAAGUCCAAUAGAGAACAUGUGGCAUCUGACCAAGACAAUGGUCUAUGAUAGUCCACAGUUCGAGACAGAGGAUGAACUGUGGGAAAAGAUUAUGAAAUGCUCCUAUGAGGUUAUCAACAGAAAUCCACUCUUGUUGCCAGGCUUAUAUGGGGGAAUGGGCAGUAGAAUAAGCAAAUGUAUAGAAAGAGAGGUUUGUUGUAAAUUCGACAAAGAUUGUUUAUAUCCAAAUGGAAAAUGUAUUAAUGGAGUUUGUCAAUGCGAUUAUUCUUAUUACAAAGAGAUUUGUAGUUUAGGUGUUGAUUAUGUAUCUACAACAUUUGAUUGUUUUGGAGAUGAUAUACAAUAUGAAGAUAUGGAUGACAUGGGCUGUGGUAGUUUGACAAUAGGACUACAAUUUCCCACCAAACAGUCUAGAUGCCAUAUGAAAACAAAAUGCAAUUAUCAAAUAUAUAAGGGAAAUUAUUUUGACGAACUUUUAACAAUGAUUCCUGUAGAUUUAUUCGAAAAUGAAUUGUGUCAUAACGAUUCGUUUAAAGAGAUGACUGUUGAGCACUGUCUAACCAUUCUUUGGAGAAAAUAUUCAAACUGUUCUUCCGGAAGAUUUUGGUAUGAUAAAAAUUUUAAUAAAUGGUAUGAGAAAUAUUUAAAUGGUGUCAGUUCAACUGAUGAAAUAAAAAAUGAUAUUGAAGAAUAUGGAAAUGUAAAUAAAAAUUUUGAAAUUUUAAAUAUUUCAAAUUCUUCUAAAGAAAUCUUGCGAAAUAAUUAUUGUCACGGCAUUCAAUCUAGUGGAAAAUACAAUAUUGCUUAUAGGAAAGAAAUAAAACAUAAUAGCGAAAUUUCAAAUCCAGAAGAGAUCUAUCAUAUAAAUCAUAUAGUAGAUGGUAUUAAAAAUUCAAAUGAACAGCUAGGCGGUUGUUCAAAACUAUUCAAAAUGAAUGCUAUAGAUAUUAAUUCUCUUUCAAUUUGGCUAUUUAUUGACCUAAUUACAGACUAUACUAUAAGAGAUAUAGAUAUCUAUUUACCAAAUAGGAGAUUAGAAAUUGGAAUUCUUGAAAUAUCUGUUCAAAAAUUCAAAAAUAUUCUCUUUACAAACAAUUCUUGCAUUACAAAUAUCUUUUUAAAUACAACAAAAGAGAUAAAUAGAUUUACGUGUCAAAAUUCGAUGAUACCCGGUCAAUAUGUCAACAUUUCAUUUAUAGAUACAGAACCGGAAGUGGUAAUAUGUGAAAUUGAAAUUUAUACAAAUAAUUUAGCGUUGCAUGCCGAUGUAUUUGUUCUGUCUGUAAAAGAUGCCAAAAGUUAUGGAGAGCCUGUUAUAGGACAAUUUGUUCUGCUAAAAGCCAACAGUAGUACUCAAACUGUAAUGAAAUUGAAAAGAAUUGAAAUUGUAGGCCUUUACAUUGACAAACCUGAAUUUAUAAAUAUUGCAAGAGGGAAACCUUGUUGGCAAUCUUCCAACUAUCCAAACACUAAUCAUCCUGAAUAUCCAUUUUAUGCAGCAUUUGCUACUGAUGGAUCUAGCAGAGGCCAUUGCAGUAUUACUAAAGUUGAAAUAUUUAAAUGGUUUUAUGUAGACCUUCUUAACCUGUAUAGAAUAUUUCACAUUGGAUUAAAAAUGAGACAUUCAAAUAAUGGUAUGUAA